UCUUUUUGUAAACGGCGCCUCCAAUCACAGUGGAGUGAAGCUCAUAGCUUCGUUAGCUUCGUGAGUGUUUGUAGGAUAGUUAACAGUAGUUGUUUGCACAUUCGGCUGUUCCCGCCAUGGCGUACCAGCUGUACAGGAACACCACUCUGGGAAACAGUCUGCAGGAGAGUCUGGACGAGCUCAUACAGACUCAGCAGAUCACCCCUCAGCUGGCUCUUCAGGUUCUCCUCCAGUUCGACAAAGCCAUCAACACAGCGCUCGCCAACAGAGUCCGCAACCGAGUCAAUUUCAGGGGUUCUCUGAACACCUACAGGUUCUGUGACAACGUGUGGACAUUUGUCUUGAACGAUGUGGAGUUCAGAGAGGUGACUGACCUUGUGAAGGUUGACAAAGUCAAGAUUGUCGCCUGUGACGGAAAGAGUGAGUCAGUCCAGAACAAAUCUGACAAAUGACUCUGGCUCCAACGUGGCAGAGUGACAACUGUCAGUGUUGAUGACGGCUGGAGCCACAGAUGGACCUGGAUUGUACAUAUAAUUUAUUACAGCAGAGUGACAGCUGAGUGUAUGCGUGUGUGUUUGUUUGUAUGUGUGUGUAUGUGUGUGUGUCUCAGAGUGGAUCAGUCACUGUUUGGUUUUAUUAUCACUUGCAGGCAUUUUUGUUCAGUUUGCUGUUAUAAUUGAGCUGGAUCAUCUUUAAUAAAAACUUAAUUUAAAACACA